AUGGUGUUUUCUGCAUCCCAAUUACGCUUUGUACAACUCGUUCUGGUCUUGUUCGGGGUCAUUUUUAUCCUCUUCAAGCUACGACCGAGCAUUCACAAGGCAACCGCCCCCAUCCAGCAGGGCUGGGGCGACCAUCAUGAUUGGGACGACUUCGAUGCCAUCAGAAAUGAAACCCUUGGGGUUCAAAAGGUCUUCGCCAUUAAUCUCGUCAGCCGGCCUGAUAAGCGCGACAAUAUCGCUCUGGGCUCAUACCUCUGCAAUUUCCACGUCGAAUGGAUUGACAGCGUGACUCCGGAUAAAGUAGAUGCUAAAUCCUAUCCAUACAACUGGAACCAUGGCCAUAAACAGGCCGAGUACGCGGCCCGACGGGCACAUCUCAACGGACUCCAGCGAAUUGUCCAGGAGAGAUUAGCAAGUGCUAUUAUCAUGGAAGACGAUACCGACUGGGACGUGUCAAUGAAAGCCCAGCUUCAAAGCUUCGCCCGCGCAGUCCGAGCCCUCCAGCUCCAGGAUAACCGGGAAGUCCCGACUCAGUCACCAUACGGCGACGACUGGGACAUUCUGUGGCUAGGCCACUGCGGCGUGUCAUGUAGAACUGAUAUGCCAUUUUACCUUACCCCGAAUGAUCCGACUAUCCCCAUGCCCUAUCACUUUCUCCCACUGUGGCGCGACCCUCCGGCAUUCGAGGGGCACGAGAGACCCGAUCACAGUCGACUUGCUUGCACAGCAAGUGACGCAGUCUGCUCAAUGCUUUAUGCCGUCAGCUACAGUGGCGCGCAACGGAUCCUCGCAGCGUUGUCGGUUAACCCGUCUGGGCUUGCAGAAGAAAUUGAUAUUGGUGCCCAAUUUGACGUCUCAGUUGGACGCAUGUGCGGUAAUGGUUAUUUGCGGUGUUUUGCACCUUAUCCAUCGAUCACGGGCAGCUUCCAUCAGGCAGGGUCAAGGGCAAAGUCUUCUGAUAUCAACAAUGAGACCGGUGAGGUAGAAGCUUUUUCCAGCUGGGGAGUGAUGUAUAGCACAAUGCUCAAUAUCGACCGUCUCCUGAAGGGGGAACGGACCGUUCAUGCAACGUGGGGCGAUGUGGAUGUGUUGGAUGUCAUUCCUCGAGACAUCACAAUGGAGAAGGGGUCCAUCUACACCCCUAAGACGAAGAACAGGAACUAA